AUGGGAAUAGUCGAGUUCCCACCGGAAUGCAUGAAGGUCUCCCCGAAAGGGGACCAAGCAAAGUACUGCAGGCAGCAGCAACAGCCGCAGCACGAUCCAUCAAAAAAUCCACCAAAGAAUGUCUGGAGGAAGGGGGAUGGGGCCGAGCCAUCCACCUCGAACGCCAAGAAAAGGGAGCACGACCAGAUAUCGGAGGAGGAUGACAGCGAGAAGGAAACCGAGAUGGCGCCCAGACGACAAAAGAAACACACCAUACAUUUCAUCUACGGGGGACCAGCUGGCGGCGACACACCCACAGAGAGGAAGAAGUGGAGCAGGCAGCUGUACGUAGGAGAAGUGGUGAGUCUUCCCAAAGGGAAGAAGCAGAGGCGGGAGGCCAUCACUUUCUUUGACGAGGACCUCCCCGAGGGCCCCUUACCCCAUCGCGACGCACUGGUGAUUAAGAUGGACAUCAAUGAUACGAUCGUACAUCGCAUCUUGGUCGACACGGGAAGCUCGGUUAACGUGAUGUACUACGACGCCUUCACUAAGUUAGGGUUACCUAGAGGCCAGCUCAAAGAGGUACGAACUCCACUCUCUGGGUUUACUGGGGAUUCGGUGGAAACAGAAGGGUCGGUGACCCUGCCCGUGGAGAUAGGCACGAGCCCCAACGCUCGCAAGCUGGACAUGGAGUUCAUCGUGGUAAGGCUCACUUGUGCCCACAACAUCAUACUGGGAAGGCCAGCACUAGAGGACCUCAAGGCCAUAAUAUCUGUGGAACACCUGUGUAUGAAGUUCCCCACUCCGAAUGGAAUAGGAGUCGUCAGAGGCGACCGACGGGCAGCCCGCAGUUGCUACGUGAAGGCAUGCAAGAAGAUCGGCAGCAAGGACUUACAGGUCCACACGAUCGCGGAGAAAAUUUUCAAAGAAGAAGAGGCCUGGCCCCGCGCCGAGCCCGUGUCAGAGACAGAAGACAUAGUUCUCGAUCCCUCCAGACCAGACCGAGUGGUGAAGAUUGGCACAGGCUUAAGCCCAGAGCUAAGGGCCCAAAUAGUGGAUGUAAUUCGCCGUUCUCACACGGUGUUCGCGUGGGGGCCAGAGGACAUGCCGGGCAUAGAUCGAAGGAUCAUAACCCACAAGCUCGCGGUCGACCCCAGCAGAAAACCAGUGCAUCAGCGAAAAAGGUAUAUGUCGGCAGAACGAAGAGAGUUCGUGAAAAAGGAGGUGACCGCAUUACUCAACGUAGGGCACAUCAAGGAAAUUUACUACCCACAGUGGCUGAGCAACGUAGUCUUAGCUCCCAAAGGAUCGACAUGGAGGAUGUGCGUGGACUAUACGGACCUCAAUAGGGCAUGCCCUAUGGACCGUUUUCCACUACCCAAUAUAGAUCAAUUGGUGGAUGAGACGGCAGGAUGUGAACUCAUGAGCUUCAUGGACGCCUUCCGUGGGUACCAUCAGAUAUCCAUGCAUGAGGAGGACGCAGAGAAGACCGCCUUCACCACUCCCGAAGGGAUAUUCUGCUACUUGGUCAUGCCGUUCGGAUUGAAGAAUGCCGGGGCCACAUACACUCGCAUGGUGGCAAAGCUGUUCAAGUCAGUACUGGGACGAAACAUGGAAGCAUACGUGGACGACAUGAUCGUCAAAAGUCGCAAGGCCACUUCCCAUGCCGAGGAUCUCAGCGAGGUAUUUUCCAUUAUGAAAAAAAUUAAUUUGCGCUUGAACCCAAAAAAAUGCACCUUCGCCGUUGAUGGGGGCAAAUUUUUGGGCUUCAUGGUCACCAGGAACGGCAUUGAGCCAAAUCCAAAAAAAGUAAGGACUAUCCUUGACAUGGAGCCUCCGCGGUCCAUAAAGGAGGUCCAGAGACUCAAUGGGCGUUUGGCGGCCUUAGGCCGUUUUCUGUCGAAAUCGGCUGAACGAUCCCUCCCCUUCUUCCAAAUCUUGAAAAAGAGCAAAGGGUUCAAGUGGAUGUCAGACUGUCAAAAGGCCUUCGAAGAGUUGAAAAAAUACUUGUUGUCCCCGCCCCUGCUUGCAAAGCCAGAGGCAGGUGAAACCCUAAUUCUGUACUUGGGCGUGUCACAGGGUGCGAUCAGCUCCGUGCUGGUCAAAGAAGAAGGAGGGACUCAGCGUCCCAUCUACUACGUAAGCAAAGCCCUACACGACGCGGAGCUCCGGUACAUUGUGUUGGAGAAAACAGUAUUUGCCAUAGUCACCUCAUCAAAAAGGUUGGCUCACUACUUCCAAGCUCACCCCAUCCACGUGCUCUCACAUCAACCGUUGGGGAGUUUCCUCUGGAACACUAACAGCUCCGCCAGGAUGGCACGGUGGGCCAUGCACCUCAGUCAGUUUGACAUAGAUUUUAAACCGAGGCCCGCCAUCAAAGGCCAAGCUCUUGCAGACUUUAUAGUGGAAUGCACCGCUCGGGAAGUGACGGACCAAGUGGAAACCGAAGAUGGAGGGUGGUGGACUUUGUCCACAGACGGCUCUUCCAACAGCAAGGGCUGCGGCGGCGGCGUGGUGCUCGUCACUCCGGAGGGAUUCCGCGCCUACUAUGCCAUCCGAUUCCACUUCAAGUUGUCUAACAAUGAGGCGGAGUACGAGGCCCUCCUCAAUGGACUGCGAUUGGCGGCGGGACUACGAGCUGAAAAGGUCCGAAUUCGAUGCGAUUCCAAGCUGGUAGUCAGCCAGGUGUCCGGGGAGUAUGAAGCCAAUGAAGGAAGCAUGCAGAAAUACAGAGACGCGGUGUUGAGAACCUUGCGCGAGUUCGAGGGAUAUGAGAUACACCAGGUACCGAGACAGCAGAACGCCGACGCCGACAUGCUCUCAAAGCUAAGUACCGGAGUCCCCAGCCACAUUAGGAAGAUCGCUCGACUAGAAGACCUCGAGACUUCAAGUAUUGACGUCUCGUGGGUCUUCCCUGUGCAGACUAGGGAGCCAUGUUGGAUUGAUCAUAUCAAGCGAUACAAGGCAGAUGGCACCCUACCACAAGACGAGGCAGACGCCAAGGUAACGAAGUUACAGGCACCUAGCUACGUUGUCUCGGGCGAUAAGUUGUACAAACGCUCCUACAACGGCACGUUACUAAGGUGUCUAUAUCCAGAUGAAGCGAAGUUGGUGAUAAAAGAAGUCCACGAGGGAGUAUGCUCCGCGCAUCAAGGGGCGUACACCAUUGCGCGCCGCAUCAUGCUACAAGGGUAUUUUUGGCCCAAAAUGUUGAGGGAUUGCGCCGAAUAUACAAAGCGAUGUCCCAAGUGCCAAGAAUUCCAAGCACUGCCGGGUCGACCUGCGACGAACUACACCCCGGUAAGCACCGCGAUUCCUUUUUCAAGAUGGGGAAUUGACCUGGUAGGGGCCCUUCCCACGGGGACUGGAAGCAGAAAGUACAUCAUCGUGGCCAUUGACUAUUUCACGAAAUGGGUGGAGGCCGAGCCCCUAGCGAGCAUCACUGUAGCAAGGUGCAAAAGAACCAUCCUCGACGGCCUCAAGAAGAAGCUAGAAGUAGCCGGCGGAGCCUGGGUGGAGGAACUCGAUGGCAUCCUCUGGGCCUAUCGCACGACACCAAGAAGGGCCACCGGAGAAACCCCGUUCGCACUCGCCUACGGAUUUGAAGCUCGGGCCCCGGUGGAAGUGAUCAUACCUAGUAUAAGGGUGGAGGAAUUCGAGUCAGAGCAAAAUGAACUACACCAAAGGGUGGAUCUAAACUUUUUGGAUGAAAAGAGAGAGGCGGCAUUCUGCAAAAUGGAGAACUACGUCGCCAGCUAA